AUGGCUAAUGUUAGCCGAAGCCGAGUGCCCGUUGCUAGGAUAACCGAUCACAACUACAUCAACAGCACCCCAAUGGCCGCGAAAGAAGUUGAAGUUGAGCCUAUGGAAGAAGGAAAACGUCCUAAACCCCGCCAUGAUCACACUCCCCUUGCCAGCCCGGAUGCCAAAAAGACUAAAACAAAAGGUGACAAAGAAAAGGUAACUGAGGAAAUAACUAAUGCAACUCUACUUGAAGCUAUCCAGUCCCUGGUUGACAGAUUUGACAAGCAGGAUGAGCGCUUGGCGGCACUCGAAGACAAACUCGAGGCGGUUAACAAAUCUGUACACAAAACUCAAGAGGACAUCGGGCAUCUACAAGAGAGAAUUGUGGAUUUGCAACAAGAGAACGCGUCACUGAAGAAAAUGUGCUUGGAACAAGCACGUUACAAAAGAAGAUGGGAUCUCAGGAUCACUGGCCUCACUGAAAAAGAAAAUGAAAACACAAGAGAGGUGGUGCUAGGGAUCCUUACACGUGUGGUCCCGAUGUCAAUAGAGAAACUGCGCGACACAGUGGACACUGUUCAUCGGAUUGGAAGAUUCAGCGCAGCAACCAACAGGAUGCCGAGGCCAAUCAUCAUCCAUUUUGCAAUGCGCACUGUCCGUGAUGAGGUGUGGAAGAAAUCCAAAGAGGCGAGAGUCUGCAGAGAGAUGAACUUUCAGUUCAAGGAGGACUUUUGCAAGGAGGAUCGGGAAGCUCGAGCCAAGCUAUAUCCUAAAGUCAAGGAAGCCAAAAGACUUGGGAAAAAAGCUUUUCUGAAAGAAGGAUCCACCUUGUGGAAUAACAGGACCAUUACACUGAGUCCAGAUGAGGUCCGGCUGGUCGGAGGUCCGAGUCCCUGUUCUGGCAGACUGGAGCAGCAGCGUCAGUCGGACUGGGAACCAGUGAGGGACCAGAACCUGGACUGGGACCUGAAGAAGGCAGAUCAGGUCUGCAGGAGGAUCAGCUGUGGUUCUGUGGUUUCAUUCAGGAGAACUCUGGACCAGGAACCUCCACAAGACUUGGUCACCAGAUAUGACUUCAGCGGAACUGCAGAAUCGCCCCGAUUCAGAGUGAAGAUCACCUGCUCAGACUCUGUGAGGCUGGAGAACAGGACUGACCUGUGUUCAGGUAGACUGCAGGUGAAGAGGAACCAGGUGUGGUCCUCAGUGUGUUCAGAUGGAUUUGACCAGCAGGAUGCUGAGGUGGUCUGCAGGGAGCUGGGCUGUGGUUCUCCUUCAGGGUUUAAGGAGGAACUCUAUGGAGAAGCUCCAGAGUGGAUCCCAGAGUUCCGGUGUGGAGGCCAUGAGUCUGCUCUGCUGCACUGUGAGCGCUCAGAUAGAGACACCUGCUCACCUGGAACCACCGUCACACUCACCUGCUCAGAUCCAGGUAGAGUCCGGUUGGUCGGAGGAUCCGGCCGGUGUGACGGCACCCUGGAGGAGAGAAAAUGGGGUGAAUGGAGACCAGCGAACACGCCAGACUGGGACCUCUGGUAUGCCAACAGAGUGUGCAGAGAGCUGGACUGUGGAUCUCCACUUUCAACCAGGAGAAGAGAGACGAGUCCAAAAGACACCUGGAGAUUUGAAUUUGGCCACAAUCACAAGCAUCUGUUUGACUGGUUCAGAUACCAUCAGACCUCCUCUGGUGUCAUAGAGCUCACCUGUUCAGACUCUGUGAGGCUGGUGGCCGAGAAUCACCUGUGUUCAGGUAGACUGGAAGUGAAGAAGAACCAGGUGUGGUCCUCAGUGUGUUCAGAUGGAUUUGACCUGCAGGAUGCUGAGGUGGUCUGCAGGGAGCUGGGCUGUGGUUCUCCUUCAGGGUUUAAGGAGGAACUCUAUGGAGAAGCUCCAGAGUGGAUCCCAGAGUUCCGGUGUGGAGGCCAUGAGUCUGCUCUGCUGCACUGUGAGCACUCAGAUAGAGACACCUGCUCACCUGGAACCACCGUCACACUCACCUGCUCAGACCCUGAUGAUAUUCGGUUGGUGGGAGGAGCUAACCGUUGUGCUGGUAGACUGGAGAUGAAACAUGAUGGAGUCUGGAGAGCGAUGAAAAUCCAAAACCCCGACUGGAACCUGAGCUUGGCGGCUGAGAUCUGUAGACGGCUGGACUGUGGUGUUGCAGUCUCUGCAGUAAACAGACCAGAAAAUCCACAAGAAGAUGCUUGGUGGGUCAGGUCCUCCCGACCUCAUUUUCCACUGAAGCAAUAUGUGACAGUGAAUAAUGAACAGACCUCUGACAGCUUGGAAGUCACCUGUUCAGACUCUGUGAGGCUGGUGGGCGGGACUCACCGGUGUUCAGGUAGACUGCAGGUGAAGAGGAACCAGGUGUGGUCCUCAGUGUGUUCAGAUGGAUUUGACCUGCAGGAUGCUGAGGUGGUCUGCAGGGAGCUGGACUGUGGUUCUCCUUCAGGGUUUAAGGAGGAACUCUAUGGAGAAGCUCCAGAGUGGAUCCCAGAGUUCCGGUGUGGAGGCCAUGAGUCUGCUCUGCUGCACUGUGAGCGCUCAGAUAGAGACACCUGCUCACCUGGAACCACCGUCACACUCACCUGCUCAGCCGACAUGAAGCUGGUGGGAACCAACAGCACCUGUGCAGGUGAGCUGCAGAUGAAGGUUCAUGGAGAGUGGAGGCCCGUGGCGAACCAGGACUGGGACCAGAACCAGAACCAGAACUGGACAUCAGCAGUAGCAGCAGCAGUGUGUUCUCAGCUUGGAUGUGGUUCUGUCGUGGCUUCAGAUGUAGAGUCCUCUGUCGUAAUAAGAUUUGUGUGGCUUAUCAAGUCCUCCUGCGUCCAGUCGGCUGUUUCCCUCCAGGACUGUCUGCGUCCGACCAAUAUCUAUCAAUCCCCCCAGAGUCUGCAGGUGGUCUGUUCAGAUCUGCUGGUUCAACCAAACAUCUCCGUGUCUCCGUCCCAUGAUGGAGUCUAACAGCAGAAGGUUAGGGUCUUCUUGGGCUCCAACUUCAGCAUCAUCUGCUCCACCAGGCCUCAGUAUCCAGGAGGUUCCUUCCAGCUCGUCUUCAACUCCUCCAGCUCAACGCUCAACUACGUCCUUCCAGCCAUCACACAUUCGGCCGUUUUCCUGUUUCCUGCUGCAGAAAACCUGCACAGAGGGAUGUACACGUAGCCUAGCCGCGCUAGACCCAUGCUCUGAAGACACAAGGGUCUAGGAACGCUCGACAGGGAGAGAGGCGGGCUAAAAGGUUGUCUAUCAAAUCACUCUGCAGCAAUUGGGUAGGUAUACAACCAAUCAGCGCAACGAAUAGGCUCCUAGAGCGCCGGAAAUCAGAGGAUGCGGGAGUUCGGUGAAGCCUUAUUUAUACAGUCAAUGGGUGAAGCUCAAGUAUAUUACAGACAUGGUAACAGAAAGAUUAUUCAGAGUCGGUGCUAAUGGAGCUCAACGACUGUUGUCGACCCUGGCAGAGAAUUAAAUUUGUUGCCGUGGGUUGUCUAGCGCGGCUAGGCUAGUUGUUUCCGGUUGUUUCUGUCAGAAUCGUCACGCCUCUGUCGUCACUUAGUUACGCCCGCCUUCUGACUCUACACUUCAUGGUGAUUCGUCGGCCAGUUUUAGGAGCAUCCAACCUCAAGCCUUAUGGAGGGUAACUAGACCCACCCUGGCAGAGAAUUAAAUUCAUUGCCGUGGGUUGUCUAGCGCAGCUAGGCUAACUUACACCAGUAUUUACCACCUCAACAUCUUCUCCCAUAACUUCUCCUCCACCAGCCGGCCCAUCUAUCUCAUCCCCUCAGGUAGCUUCAGAGUCCAGGAGGGGAACAGAAGUUCUACUUUCUGCUCAGACAGACCUCCUCAGGCUUAUUGGUGUCUUAAUUCCAGUACAAAGACAGACACUGUGGUGAUUUUAUUCAUACAGAGGCCAAACCUGGACUGCAUUUUCUAAAAAUCUACACUUAUUCCUCUUAACAGCAGUUUGUGAAAUAUAUCUGAUUCACAAAGUUCAAUCUUAGCAGCUUUAGCUGUCGAAGGAGCUUCCUUGUGCAGCGAUAAACUGCUCCCAAAGCUCCUGCUACAAAUGAAACCUAACCGUGACACACUGGUUAGCUUUAUUUAGUCCUUUACUCCCUUUUUCUUUUCAGUCCUUAUGCCUAUUUUUCUUCUAAAUGGUAGCAAACGUCUGUAAAAUGCCUUUUUUGUGGCUUUAUGUACAAUAAAAACAAUCUAAUCUUA